AUGAUCCUCCAGCGAUCGACGCUAGCGACAUCCCGUGUUUUUGAAGGCACUUUGAAUAUCACCGAGAGCUUUUACUUGUAUCCAGUUUUAAGAUGGGUAUUGUUUGAAUCACUUUCUGAGAAGCGGAGUGACUCGAGCGGAGAUCGUUGUGGCGUUGCUCUGUCCUCAUCGGAGCCCAUAAUUAUCCAAGUGGUUCGGAUUUAG